AUGAUAUCCGUGCAUAGCACACGCCUCGCCGCGAUCCUCCUCCUCCUAGCCGGCGCCGUCACCAUCCAUGCCCUACGGACCCGGCGCACGCGCCCACGCAACCCCGGAACCCAGCGGGGCCUCCCGCUCCCGCCCGGCCCCCGCGGCGAACCGAUCCUCGGCCACCUCCGCAUCAUCCCGACCGACAACCCGGAAUACGCCUACGCCGCCUGGUCAAAGGAGUACCGCUCCGAUGUGCUCUACUUCAACGUCCUGGGCCAGCCCGUCGUCGUCCUCAACUCUGUGCGCGCCGCCGUCGACUUGCUCGAUAAAAGAGGGGCGAAUUACUGCGAUCGCCCGCGCUUUGUGCUAUUUGAGGAGAUGGGCUGGCGCAAGACGUUGACCUUUUUGCGAUGGGGCUCGGAGUUUCGUAUGCAUCGCAGGAUCCUGCAGCGGAGCUUUUCCAAGACGAGUAUUCAGAUGUACCGCGAGCUACAGGAGAGGGAGGCCUUGGUUUUGUUGAAGGGCAUUAUAAGAGACCCCGGAUCCUGGGAGACGUCCCUUCGGAGAUUCGCGACCGCCGUUGUGAUGAGCAUAGGUUUCGGUGUCAAUGUGGAAAGUGAUACCGACCCGUACAUCCAAAUGGCCACAGACGCGUCCUACGCCCUCGGCCACGGCGGAGCCCCGGCCGGGACUCUCGUCGACUUCUUCCCCUUUGUGCGGUACCUCCCCGACUGGCUAGUCCGUGACCGGUCGCUCCGGUUCGCACGGGACUGGAGCUGGGCUAUCCGCCAGAUCCACGAUGCCCCCUACGCCGCCGUGACCGCCAAGAAGACCCAGGACCAGGAGCACAGCCUCAUCAAGAUCCUGCUCGAGCAGAGAGCAGAGCAGAUCAAAUCCGGAAUGACGCCGGAGCUGUCGGUAGAUGACAUCAAGGGCGCAGCGGGGGCGGUCUACGCCGCGGGACAGGAUACGACGUGGUCCACGCUGGUGGUCUUCGUGCUUAACAUGGUUCUCCACCCCGAGGUCCAGGAUAAGGCGCAGAGGAUGCUAGACGAGGUCGUCGAGGACGGGAGGUUGCCGACAUUUGAAGAUAGGCCGAGGCUGCCAUAUAUUGACUAUAUCGUCCAGGAGACCCUGCGGUGGUGCCCUGUAUCCCCGAUCGGCGUGCCGCACCGCUCGCUCGAGGAUGAUGUCUACGAUGGCAUGUUCAUACCCAAAGGGUCGUUCGUGUACGCCAACGCGCGCGCGAUGACGCAUGACGAGCGGACGUACGCUGAUGCCGGGACGUUUGACCCAGAUAGGUAUAUUCCCAUCGUGGAGGGCGGCCGCGGGGAGCCGUUUCCGGUGGGACAGUUUGGCUUUGGGAGAAGGGUUUGUGUUGGGAGGCACCUCGCGGAGGCGAGCGUCUGGAUUGCCAUCGCGUCAAUGUUGGCGACGGUCAGGAUUGAGAGAGCUAGAGGGCCGAGGGGGGAGGAAAUUAUACCCCUUGUUGAGUUGACGAACGGGCUUACUAGUCAUCCGAAGCGUUUUCUGUGCCGGAUUAGCCCCAGGAGUUCUCGUAGGGCAGAGAUAGUUAUUUCUGCAACCCGAUAG